UUGCAGUCCAAUUGACCAAUCGAUUACUCGUUGUAUCAAGCUCUCAGACAAUAUGCGUCUCAGCCUUCUCCCCCUGAUUGCCCUCGCUGGCUCUGCCUUCGCAUCUGGAGAUUCUAUCUCGACGGCCAUUGAUAACAUCUCCAAUGCCACGCUUGCUCUCAACAAGACUGUAGCGACGUGGCCUCAGACCCUUCUCGGUGCUCUGCCAAUUACUACAAAGUCAACACUGCUCCUCACCGAGAUCCACAAGGGCUUUGUGAUCGCUCGCGAGUCUGAGCCUCUAUCUCUCGAGGAAACCCUCCAAGUCGCAAAGGCUACAUCUGAGCUCAGCGCCGACGUCGAGCUCACCAUCAACACCAUCAUUGCCGCCAAACCCAACUUUGACAGACUACAAGUCAGCCCUGUCAUCCUCCUCAACCUGAACCUACAGCGCGCCCUCAGCCAGGACUUUUCGGAAGCAGUCAUAUCCAAGGUCCCCAAAGACCUCCAAGGAAACGCAAAAGCACUGGUGCAAGGCAUCGACGACAGUUUUGCAAGGGCUAUAAGCAAGUACAGCAAACUACGAGGUUAAUUGGGAAAUGAGGGACGAGUAAUGAAAUGAGUGAUAGACGCGCGACGACAUAAUUACCUUUCUGGGGAGGCCAUUUUAGCAGAGAUUUUAAUUUUACCAUGAGUUGUCGAGUAAUACCAACCUAGAACGAGAGCAAUUGAUCUGUCAGAUUUGAGGGAAUUUGUUUAUACCGGUUGAGGAAGUUGAAUAUGUCAAUGCCGAGGCAGAUGUUUGACACGUGAGGAUGUUGGUGAGGAGAAGCCGGUUCGACGUCGACUAAAACCAGGAACCGCUCGGGGACUAACCUAUCAGAGCUAGAGAUUUGCAGUGAUACUACCCAAC